CAGAUUUGGUCACCUCUCUCUAAUUUUGCACGGUUUGCCGUCAUCAAACGGCAAUGUCCCUCAGAAAAUCCGCCCGGCUGUCCGCAACACCUUCGUUGCGUCUUACCACUGAAGAACGACACCUGAAGGUACCCGCUUCAUCAAUCAUUUCAAUAACCACAAGUCCUACUACUUCAGCGAGCGACAGUCACAAUUCCAAGGAUUUGUCAACUUCCAUCAGCGACCCGGAUGAAUACGGCGAGCCAGCGGCUCCGCAAACAAUGUCGUCAAGCAAAGCCAGAACAAAGCCUACAACACACAACAAUGAAUCUAAUGCGGACCAAAGCAAUCGACGAGCUUCUGGUCGUGUCAGAAAACCGACAGCCAAAGCUCAAGCGUUGCAUCAUACCAAAUCUAUCUCUCCGCCGCUUUCUGACACUAUUGUCAUUGGCUCUUCUUCAACUGUGGAAGAGCAGUCUCAACAUAAAGAGCCCUCACCAUCGCCCACACCAGUAAAUGAGACAAACGUCGUUACUCCGCCAGCUCCAGAAGUUCCGGAAACUCCGGCAACUGCCAGUGUGAACGAUGCUACUGUAACAUUAGAAAGUCCAGAGAGGACAGCUGAGGCCGACACGAGUGUCAUUGAAUCACCUUCACGAAGACAGUCUCGACGCGACCGCAAGCCUACUGCCAAAGUAUUGGAGAUUGCUUGGACUGCACAGAAACGUGCAGCUACAGAAGUACCAGAUGCAAGGCCACGAAAGUCUGCUAGAAUCUCUUAUUCGGGAGCCAACAUACCAUCAAAACUGCGCCAAUCACUAUCAUCCACCGCUGAUGAAGAAGCCGUUGAUGACAAAGAGUCAGAAACAGCUGAGCCGCCAAAGAAAUCGAAAAUAAUUAUACUAAAGAUCAGAAAACCGUCCGAAGUCAGUGGAGCGGAUCAGAGUCUGGCUGCGAAGAAGACUCGUUCUCCGCCAUCAAGGAGGCCUAGACGCAAAGUCAAGCACGACAGAGCAUCUGUCAAGGAUGCUGCUCCUGCCAUUCCGGCCGUCCAAAUUCCUCCUGCAUGUGAUCUUUUCUGUCUCCCACCAGCAGCUCGUAUUGUUGCUUUCGGACAAAUCGCUUUGCAGAUGCCCGACGACGACGAUGACGAUGAGGCCGAUGUCUUGGCUGGGAGUGCACAAGACUGGCGCACCUAUGUAUGGCAAUGGUGCCAAUGCAAGAAGUCCCAACCUCUUAAAACCACUCGAACAAACUCCGAAGAGCUUGCACGGGCAUUGUUGCCCAAUACUGUCUCGGACGGAACGAAGGCAAAUCCAGUGGAUCUGACUGACUCGGCCACUACACCAGAAGCCGAACUAUUGUCGGCACCUGUCAACACCAUCCUUCGCGCUAGCGAUGCAGAAAGACUGUCGAAACUCUUUGCUACGCCCAAUACCGAAAGCUCAAUCAUAAGUAGCAACAACUCUCCGAGCCUCUCUGCCGAGCCCAGCUUCUCGACAUCGCAAACAACGGCAUCGGCACCAAGACGACGCGUUCUCCGAGACGGUUCAAGUCAAUUCAUUUCACCGGCAUUGCCGGCGUCAAACCCUCUAAAGAGGACCUACGAGGACCGGCUUCGGGAAGAUCACCAAGCACUGACGAACAUUCGGAAAAGAGCUGAUGCAAGGGGAAUACCGUGGAGUUUUAAUAUGACUUACGAAGAUAUUCACGCUUUGAUCAUGGGAUUCGAAGACCAUCCACAGGCUGGUUCGGCCGGACGCCAGGCGCCUAAAUCGCCAUACGACAGUGGCGGGGUAUACGAAAGCCGAGACGUGUAUGGGCCGAAUGGUGGGUUCGGCCUGCUUCUGCCACCUAAGGUGCGUCCAAACGGGUUUUCGGCCGCGAGUGGUCUACAUGGACAUGGUUGGAAGAUCAACAACAACUACAAUACCAACGGCAGAGCUGAACUCGCACACGGACACGGAAGUCCUCAUAAUAAGAGUAUUGCCGAAGAGAGUGGUGAAGCAAACUCUCAGCUCCGUCGUAUGUCGUCGCCUAGCCGACCCAAGAGCUCGAGAUUUCGAGUCGACCCAAGAGGCUUGAGGGGAGAGUCUCCAGGACCUGGCACGAUCAUCAAUAUUGAAGAAAAGAAGAAUGAGUCGAGGAAGCGGAUUAAGAGGCUGCGAACAACAAUGUCUGAGGGCGUUGAAAAAGCUUGACUGAGAUGAUACGUAUUUGAUCCAUAAGACUUAGGCUUGUGAGGAUGAAGCACUGCUUGUGUUGAGGUCCACUGCAAAACGAGCUGGACUGGGAAAUGCAGGAUUUGAGCAGAGGAGUGGAUUGGAUGGAGUGGUUGGAAGUCGAGGGCAUGGUUUAACAGGAGUGAGCAUAGCGAGGCAAAGCAUGGUUUCUUUUAUGCAGUAAUACUAGUAGCAUUCAUACCUUAGCGAUGCGGUGCAGGUUAUGAAUAUGAGCACCCAGGUUAUGAC